AUGAGCAUAAUUGCACGCCCAGCACUUAGACAAAUAGCCAAAGCACCAAGAGGCGUUAGAACAGUCCACAUUGAAAAUAAAGUCAAUGAAACAAUGCCAUUCAAAACUAAAGGCGGUGGAUUCGGUGUCAAACUUACAAUCGUAUCUGCGAUAGGACUUGGUACUCCCUUCUUCGCUGCCUGGUAUCACGGCGCUUUCCAUUAA